GUAGACUGAAAGUUCGUUUCUCAUUCAGAGUUCUGUUUCUCGUCGGGCUUCUUUUCUCACGAUGGAAGGCUCCAAGCCUCGGAACUCCGACCAGAGCCGGCCUCUAUUGCCAGCCAAGCCCGCUCCUGAUGCAGUGUCCAUUCCAGUCAACCGUCGGGUCCUGCCCGAUUUUCUUCAGAGUGUUAAUUUAAGCCAUGUGAAGCUGGGGUACCACUACCUUAUCACUCAUGGCGUGCCCCUGUUGCUCAUACCCCUCUUUAUUUCGGUGGGUGUUGAAGUCCUUCGGAUGCGUCCCGACGAUCUUCUCCAACUCUGGCAGCACUUGCAGUUGAAUCUGGUCAGCGUAGUCGGGUGCUGUGCUGCAGUUGUUUUCGGCGCUACUGUGUUCAUCCUUUCCCGUCCCCGACCUCUGUACCUCGUCGACUUCGCUUGUUACCGCCCUCCUGACCACCUCAAGGUCUCCUUGGAGACGUUUAUGAAGUACUCGAAAGAAUCUGGCGUUUUUGAUCAGGCCAGUCUCGAGUUUCAGCGCAAGAUCGUUACACGGUCAGGGCUCGGCCAGGACACGUGUUUGCCUCCUGGUCUUCAUGAAAACCCGCCAUAUCCAUCACUAGCGGGGUCUCGGCUGGAGGCGGAAUUGGUCAUGUUCGCGUGCCUGGACGAGCUGUUUAAGAAGACUGGCGUGAAGCCGCGUGACGUUGGGGUCCUCGUGGUGAACUGUAGCGUGUUUUGCCCGACACCUUCCAUGUCCGCGGCCAUCAUCAACAAGUACGCUAUGCGUGGCGAUAUUCGCUCCUUCAACCUCGGCGGCAUGGGGUGCAGUGCGGGCGUGAUUUCGGUUGAUCUGGCGAAGGAUCUUCUCCAGGUGCAUGGUUCCACGUAUGCUGUUGUCAUGAGCAUGGAGACUCUCACCCCUGAGUGGUAUUUCGGCAAGGAUCGCUCGAUGCUCAUCCCUAACUGCAUUUUCCGGAUGGGCGGUGCCGCCAUGCUUCUUUCGAACAAGGGUAAAGAUCGCCGGCGCUCCAAAUACGAGUUGACUCACACGGUGCGCACGCACAUGGGUGCGGAUAACAAGAGUUACCGGUGCGUGUACCAGCAGGAGGACGACGAGGGGAAGAUUGGAGUCUCUCUUUCCAGCGAUCUCAUGGCCAUUGCUGGCAACGCUCUCAAGACCAACAUCACAACCCUCGGCCCGCUCGUGCUGCCACUUUCGGAGCAGCUGCUCUUCUUCGCCGUGCUGAUGGCUCGCAAGCUGUUUCGCGUGAAGAUGAAGCCGUACAUCCCGGACUUCAAGCUCGCCUUCGAGCACUUCUGCAUCCACGCUGGCGGCAGAGCCGUGUUGGAUGAGCUGGAGAAGAACCUGCAGCUGAAGAAGAACCAGCUAGAGCCCUCUCGGAUGACCCUCUACCGCUUCGGCAACACCUCCUCCUCCUCGAUCUGGUACGAGCUGUCGUACGCUGAAGCUAAGGGACGCGUGCGACGGGGUGACCGCGUGUGGCAGAUCGCGUUCGGCAGCGGGUUCAAGUGUAACAGCGCGGUGUGGCGUGCGCUUCGGACGUUGAAGGCGGAGCAGAACAAGGGGCCAUGGUUCGACUGCAUCGAUGACCUGCCCGUCGAGCUUAACCUCUGAACGCCUCCGCUCCCGACAGAGAGCCCGUGCCACCCCCAAGAAUCGGCUACACCAGUGCGGCCACGGUCGUCAGUGAUGGUCGUGCUGGUUAGAGUAGAUGUCAAAGGUAGGAGCAGCAUGUUAGUUUGACAUUGGCAGCAGGUCAUAGAUUGUAAUGUUUUUGUGAACUGAUUCACAGCUUAGCGAACUGUAUUUAACUGUCGUGAGUUUUGGCACGAAGAAUUAGUUUCUAGAAUCAGGAGCAAAUGUUUUACAGUUGGUUGGAAGAAACCAGUUUUUGUGUC